CAGUCAUAAAGCAGUCAUGCUACCGGAAAGCUUUCGCCACCGUUGUUUACAAGUGGUUGUGCCAAAAAACAUCACUUCCAUAUAACAAUUAGUUUUAAUUUUGAUGACACUGAUAUCACAGGGUUGUAACGUCGCAGAAGGCUGCAAGUUUGGAAAAAUAUCAGUGGAGGCGACAUUGUCUUUAGCCCCGUUCUGCUUUGACUGCGGUCGUAUUGCUAGCAUUGUGUUCAUACAAACUGUUAAUCGGGUGCCUCAAGACAUGUCAGAGUCCGGCCACAGUCAGCCAGGUAUGUACGGCCAGGGACGUAGAAGGAGGCGACGCCGGGGAGAAAGAGAUACUGGACCUCCAGGUCAAAAUCUGUCUGGCCCCAGCCGAGAUCGGGAAUACCAACCGAGAGAACGAAGGGAUGGCAGCGAGGAUCCACCAGGCCCCCUCAUACAGAAGACCCCCAUCAUUCUUGCAAAACCUCCGGCAGAAAGGGCUAAACCAUCACAUAACACACCUGUCAGUGGAGCGCCAGUCAUGGAGAAGCCAAUAAUGCUAAUGAAAGCCAGGGAUGAUGGAGGAAAGCCUGGGACACCUCCAGAGGCAGCAGUGCAGUCCUCUGGUCCUGGCCCCUCUAAAAUGGAGAGGGAAGGACAGCGACCUACUCAGCCUGUAUAUCAGAUCCAAAACAGAGGGAUGGGUGCUUCUGCAUCAAGCAGUGCUGUGGACCCCAUGGUCGGCCAGUCUAAACUCCUUCCUCCAGAGAAGAUGAAGCACAGCAUUAAGCUAGUGGAUGAUCAGAUGAAUUGGUGUGACAGUGCCAUGGAGUUUUUGAGGGACCAGACAGAUAUGUUAGUGGUGGGAGUUAUUGGUCUGCAGGGAACAGGGAAGUCUACGAUCAUGUCACUAUUAUCUGCCAACACACCUGAGGAAGAUCAAAGGAGUUAUGUAUUUAGAGCUCAGUCUCAGGAAAUCAAGGAACGAGGAGGUAACCAGAGCACAGGCAUUGAUUUCUUCAUUACACAGGAGAGAGUCGUCUUCUUGGAUACGCAGCCAAUGCUUAGUCCAUCUAUCUUGGACCACCUUAUCAACAACGAUCGGAAGUUGCCUCCAGAGUACAACCUUCCUCACACAUAUGUGGAGAUGCAGUCUCUUCAGAUUGCUGCCUUCCUAUUUACAGUGUGCCAUGUAGUGAUUGUGGUUCAAGACUGGUUCACUGACUUGAACGUUUACCGGUUUCUUCAAACUGCAGAGAUGCUGAAACCUUCCACUCCGUCUGCAAGCCACGACAGCACUGGCUCCUCUGGCAGUGAUGAUGGAGCAGAAUACUACCCUCACAUAGUUUUCCUCCAGAAUAAGGCCAGGCGGGAAGAUUUCUGUCCAAGAAAUCUGAAGAACAUGCACAUGGUGGUGGAUAAACUAAUGGCCCAUUCUCACCUCAAAUACAAAGGUACACUGUCCAUGCUUGACUGCAACAUCUUCCCAGGCCUGGGGCAGGACUAUCUGGCUACUGAGGUCAACAUGUUCCUGCUUCCUGUCCAAGACGGUGAUGGAGAGGAUAGUCUGAACAAAGCAGGGUCAGGAACAUACCCACUCUUCUCUCUGCUUCCGGGGUACAGGGGACACCCCUCCUUCUCCACUAUGGUCUCAAAACUGCGCAGCCAGAUACUUGCCAUGCCCCGCUGUCAGCUGUCACACACCAUCCUCACUGAGAAAAACUGGUUUCACUACGCAGCUCGGAUCUGGGAUGGUGUGAAAAAGUCUUCAGCCCUCUCUGAAUACAGCCGCCUCCUCUGCUAGCACCUGCGCUGAACUGCUGUUAUACACAACAUGUUUUAUAUCUGAUAAAUGGAUAACAAAGAGAACUGUUUACCUAAAAAGUGGAAGCUGUGACAAAAGAGACACGAGAAACUGGAAAAUUGUAGUUUAUUUCAAACUGUCACAUAACAUGUAGUUAUUCAGUCUUUUGUUGCUACAGAACAGAAAGUUGCUUAUUCCUGGCCUGAGGAAAUAUUAUAUCUGUACAUACAGUUGCAUGAUGGCGAUGAUUGUAAUAGCAGGAAAAAUGUAUAAAAACCAGAUCUGUGUAAGAUAUAUCUUCUUUUGCAAGCUCUUACUGAUCAUCUGUGGCUGAAGUUUUGUGGAACCGUCGUCCUUGUUUUCUCUAAUAAAAAUUGAGCCUUUU